AUGGCUACACAAGGGGAAGAAAAGCUAGUAUGGGAUUCACCAUCCUUCGCAAAAAUGUACAAGCUGGCAGAGCGAGUCACCGGCCCCUUUGCGGAGGACAUGAUCAAACAAUCGGGCCUGCCAUCUUACGAGCAUGAUAAAGCUGUGGUUCUCGACAAUGCUUGCGGGACAGGUGUAGUCAUGGCAAAGCUCAUGGGUGGCAAUCUGAUCAGCACAGCCCUCUGCUCGACACUGGAUCUUACCUGUGCCGACUUCGCUGGGGCGAUGGUCAAUGCCACCAAGGACAAUGCCACCGCCGCGGGAUGGUCAAACGUCAAAACAGUACGAGCGGAUGCUAUGGAUACGAAGCUACCUUCGUCCAGUUUCACUCACAUCCUCUUCAACUUCGGCCCCUUUCUACUACCUGACCCCGCCGCUGGAAUGCGUGAAUGCAAACGUAUGCUACAGCCAAGCGGCACCCUGGGACUCACAACUUGGGAGCAUGUUCCCUGGAUAGACGAAUACCGGCCCGUCUUCGAGCAGCAUCCCGAAUUCCCUCCCUAUCCCGCGCAUGACGAGCUUCAACGCCUCUUCUCCACGGCUUCUGCGCCCCACCCAUGGGACACUGCUGCGGGAGUUGAGGCCCACCUCAAGACACAUGGCUUCACCGAUAUCAAGGUCCAACGUGCGACUCACAUCUUGACCUUGAAUGUGGAUGAUGCUGUUUCAAUGACGCCUGGCACGAUUGGCAUGUUCGCGUCAAAACUAUGGACACAAGAGCAGCGGGACACCUUUAUGAUCCCGGCGUCAACGGCUGUCGAAGAGUACCUGCGAGAUAAGUAUGGCGACAACAAUUUCACUUGGGAGUGGAAAGGCUUGGUCGGAACUGGCCGCAAUCCCGAGUAA